UCUUAGUAAGCCGUACUUUUUGAAUGAAAAUCUCAAAGCCUAAUUGUUGGGUUAUUCCAAAAUGUUUAAGCCUUCUCAAUGAAUAUCUUCCAGAUUUACGGAACUAUAUAAGACCACUUACUACGCAGUCAUUCAUUAUCAGUCUUCUCUGGACUUUCAUACUUGCAGUUUACAAUUAAACCAAAAGUAUUCAAACAAAUAAAUAUUCAAUUAAAUUAUUUGUUUUACAAAAAAAAAGAACAUCUCAACAAUGGCACCAGUUUUCGAAUCGAAUUUUUCAAUCCGAUCAAUUCUAUCAGAUUCAUCAUCAAGCAGUGGCAGCAACAGCGACGAAGAAACCCAACAUCAUCACCAUCAUCAUCAGUCCGAGUACACUCAGCACAAUCAAGAGUUCCAAAAUUCCAGCAGCAACAGCAGCAGCAGCAGCAGUGAAGGAGACCCAGAUCAAAGACCACCAUACACCUACAGCGCUCUCAUUGUGAUGGCCAUCCGAAACAGCCACAAGAGGCUACUAACACUCAAUGAAAUUUGCGCAUGGAUUGCGGAUAAUUUCCCAUAUUAUCAAAAAAACAAAAGCACUUGGCAAAACUCUAUCCGCCACAAUCUGAGCAUAAAUCAGUGCUUUGUGAAAGUACCACGUCCAUUGGACGAUCCAGGACGUGGUCACUACUGGACAUUGGACCCAUCGGCUGAGGAUGUAACAAUAGGUGCAACCACUGGACGCCUACGAAGAGGUGAUUCAAUGGCUGGAAAUCAGUAUCCAUAUCAACAUCAUCAUCAUCAUUACUUGCCCCAAGUUCCAAGCACUCCAUAUGCCAUGUACUUUCCGACACCGGAGGAAGUUAUGGCCAUGCAACAGUCGGCUUUGCAGGAACAACAAAUGUGGAAUAGCUAUCAUCUCUAUCAACAGCAGCAUCAGCAUAUGGUUCAAAGCGGAGGCAGUGCCAUGGACAUGGAUUCAAUGGAGUAUCAUUAAAAAAUAAUUUGCUUGCAAAAUUUAAAAAAAAUUCAUAA